AUGCCUGACUGGUCAUCGCAAGCUGAGCUCCUCAAGGAUGCUGCCGUCUUCGUCAAGUUUCAACAUGCUUUGCUUGGCGUCUACGCAUGGGAGUGGUUCAUUUCAUUACCCUUCGACUGGCAGGUGCUCACUGGGCGAAAGCGAUUCCGGUGGCCCUUGAUCUUUUAUUUUGCCAACCGGUAUCUUUUGCUGGGUGCUUUAAUCGGAAUUGCAAUCGGGUUCGACACAUUCCAGGAGAUAAACUGCCAGUCGCUCUUUACAUUCAACCAAUUCGCAGGCGAUGCUGCCGUCGGGCUUGCCAGCAUAAAUCUUUCUCUCCGAACGUUAGCCAUAUGGUCGCAAAACAUGUACAUCAAAGCCUUGCUGGUCAUAAUCAUUCUUGGACAUUGGAGCCUCAUCCUUCAAGGUGUGCUCCUCGACGCGCAGUGGUCCGACGAGCUUGGCAGCUGCAUAAUCCAGGACACCAAUACGACCAUCUUGGCUGCCACGUUCACUUACUCCAUGUGCUUCGAUCUCAUCGUUCUUUUGCUUAACGCCUACAAACUGGGAGUCCGACGUCAAGGCAAGAGCAGGUUGACAAAGAUGAUAUUCAAGGACGGCCUGGUCUUCUUCUUCAUUGCAUUCCUGGCCAAUCUUAUCGCGACCGUCUUCAUGUUCCUUAAACUCAACUCGAUCAUGAGCGUUGUGUUUAACGUUCCAGCCGCCAUAGCUUCCACCAUUGUCGCUACUCGUGCUGUGCGUCGAUUGACCAACUUUACUAGCAGUGGACCAGAGAUGUAUCAACCAUCUGGAUCAAGUACUGGUGCCAUGCGAAGCCACAGCGGAACGCGGGGACUCUCAACAACUGGGCGAAAGGGUCAACCUGGGGUUCAUGUUCAGAUGGAGACGUUUGUACGCGCUGAAGAGGGUAUGAGCCCAACCAGCGAAUUCGACAACCAUAUUACACUCAAACGACAACCAGCAGAGCAAGGGAGCGUUGAAUAUGACGUCGAGACCAAGGCACCGGCUGCGUUCUAA